AGAAGCGGGUUACUGAUGCGGGUUGAUUUUCAUAAUAGUCACAUCGUAACGACGCGCUGCGGGGACUUAUCACUUUAUAUCAGCUUCACGCAACUUGCAACCAAGAUGUUUGGCUUUCACAAGCCGAAGAUGUACAGGAGUUUGGACGGCUGCUGCAUCUGCCGCGCAAAGUCAUCCAGCUCCCGUUUCACCGACAGCAAGCGCUACGAGAAAGACUUCAGGAGCUGUUUCGGGUUGAGUGAAACGCGAUCCGGAGACAUCUGUAACGCCUGCGUGCUCCUGGUGAAGCGAUGGAAAAAGCUUCCUGUGGGAACCAAGAAGAACUGGAAUCAUGUUGUUGAUGCCAGAGGAGGUCCCAGCCUAAAGAUCACUUCCAGGCCCAAGAAGAUCAAGUCCAUCUCCAAGAAAGCGCGGCCGAGUCAGAUCAGCAGGCUGCAGAAGGAGCUUAAGAGAAACAAUUCAGACGCCCACAGCACCACCUCCAGUGCCUCUCCGGCUCAGUCUCCCAGCUACAGCAACCUGUCAGACGACGGGUCCGACACCGAGCUCAGCCCAGGAUCCAGCCGCUCCCCUGUUUUCUCAUUUCUGGACCUCACUUACUGGAAGAGGCAAAAGGUGUGCUGCGGAAUCAUCUACAAGGGCCGCUUCGGCGAGGUGCUCAUCGACCCCCACCUGUUCAAACCGUGCUGCCGCAACAAACAGCGACAGCAGCAGCAGCAGCAGCAGCAGCAGCAGCAGGAGCAGGAGGAGGAGGAAGACGAGGAGGACGAGGACGACGAGGAGGAAGAGGUGGAGGUGGAGGAGGGCCAGGCGGGCGUGGAGAAAUCCCAGACGGAAGCGGAAGUGAAGGAGACACCUGCGCGCGACGAGGACGCGGAGCCCGCUCAGCUGUGCGUCUCCACGACGACGCCCCCGACCCUGAGCGAGGCGGUGACGGAGGACGGCUGGUAAAGCAGACGCCUCCCUUGCACACAUCUGUUGAAGAAAAUCUUGGGGUGCUGGUUUGUUUUUUUUUUUUUUUAUUUGGUCUCUCGAGCACUCACAGAAAGAAGUUGCCUCAGAUUGCCUUCAAUCAUAAAGCAGCUGAAAAUCCUUUGGUCUUCUCUAUAAUAACGUUGGAGGAUUGUUUUAUUAUGUUUAAAUGGUAACUUAUGGACUGUUGUGUUUCCACUUUGUCUCUCUUUUUUUUUUCUUUUUUUGUAUUUAAUAUUCUCGCCAUCCUGACGAUGGACCGUCAUCUGUUGGUGUUAUCGAUCUACUUUAGAUAAAAAUGCUGGAGCUCUGGUUUUGCUGGUACAUUUAACAGACUUUAUUCCAAAACGCAAUAGAUCCACUUAUUUGCAGAAAAAAAAAAAAAAGAAAAAAAAAAGGUGCUACUUGAAAUCCAUUACUCAUUUUAACAUUUCAAAAACAACAUUUCUCAAAGUGUGGAUAUUUUAUAAGCAUAUAUGUUCAGAUGACUAAUAUAAUGCUGUCUUUGUGAAGAGCAGAUAUCUCUCUCUUUCUUUUUUUUUUUUGUUGAAAUGGUGGAUAUCCCGUUUUGGAAUGAAUGACACUUUACACUGACGGAGCACAGACCUGUACAGUAGCCCUUGUGUUUUUUUUUUUUUCCUGUCUUGCUCACAAUGACAUCCGCUCCUAUCAAAGAGUUUCUGUUCGUAGACUGGAUUUAGCGUUUCUGUGUGCAAAUGUGGGUCCCAUUCAAAUAAGGCCUAUUCACAGCUUCAACAGCAAAUACACCAGCCUUAAUUAUGUGUUACAGACAGUGCUAGUGUUAAUUCUGGAUUGGUAUUAAGGAACAAAAAAAGAAAAGGGACAGUAGCUAUAUUUAUUGUGGCCUCAGCAAACACACAGUGCAUUUUUUUUGCAUGAAUGGCAAAGCCCACUCAUCCAAAAGACCUAACGAUCUGAUGCAUGAGUCUUCUGAAGAAAGAAAGAAAGAAAGAAAAAAAAAAAUUUGCAUGGCCUUAUAGAAAUUGUAAAUCUUACUUUUAUUUUUUGGAUCCAUUUCUCUGAAGUUUUAACUUAUUUUUAUAUGUAAAGAAGAAAAAAAAACGGAAAAAUAAAAGUGUCUUUCCAUAAUAAUACCACACAAUAACAGUAAAACACAAAAAAAUCGGUCUAUAGUCAUUCAGCAAUAUCAAUAUCAGUGAUUUCCUUCAUUCCCGGGUCAGUAUAUGGUAAAUGACUUUAUACAAGCUGAAAAUUCUAUGCCAUUGCCUCUUAUAUACCACAAAUGUGUUGUGAUAUAUAGCCUAAUAUUACUUUAUUUAUCAAAUGAAAGCCAAAGCACAUUGAAAUUCACCCAAUGUCAAAUCAAUGCAGGUUUUCUAUGGACACUUGUGCUUGUCCGAGGUCAUUUGUAUGUAUGUUUAUGGUAUUCUAAAAAAAAAAAAAAAAAAGAACACUAAUAUGAAAAAAUUUUCAUACAUGUGAUGUUGUAGUCGGGAGCAGAGGGUGUGUCGUGUACAUAAAGGGUUGGGCGAGUCAGUACGGCUCUUAUAUAGGUUUCAUUAUUUAUUUAUUUUAUAUUUAUUUGUAUCACUGCAUCCCUGCUUAGAGGUGUUUUUAAAAACUAUGAAUUCUUUCCACCGUUAGCUUCUGUGUAGUACGGUUUUUAUUUCAUCUUUUUUGUUUUUAUUCAGAAAACGAAUGUAAUUCUCACGCAGGCUCCGUUUUAAAACAUUGCGUUGAAUUACCGGUUGUCAAUAUUUUGUGAAAAUGUUGUUAAGUAUUUAUUUACUCAUCGGUUGAGUUGCGUGCAACCUAACUUAUUCUGUAUCAUCACUUUUUUGGAUCCGAAUCAUGUAGACUGAAACGACUGAUAGAUUGCAACCAAACUGUGCUUCUCCCUUUUUACCUUGUAGCUUAAAGAUGUUACAGAUUUGUAGGUUACCAUAGUAGGAUACCUUACUGUAGACUUGCAUGUACUGUCGCUAUGCAUUUACUUAGCUUACGAGUUAGACAAAGCGGUUUUGUAUUUUUUAUACAUCAUGUACUUUUUUUACUUGUCCCUUAAUAAAAGUAAUUUUGUGAGUUUUCUGGAA